AUGAGGUUAUUGUAUUUCUGUAUAAGGGAUCCGGUACAUCUCCUUCUCUCUGUGUUGCUAGAGGGAAUUUCCCAUUUCUAUAUGAGAUGCCUCAGGGCUCAAUGCCCCUCUGUUCUCUUACAUAACUGCAUAAGUGGGAGUGAAUGCGCCUAUAAAUAUUGGGGGUCUCCCUCCCUUUCCGUCAGAGAGAAACCCCUUACUGGAAGAAUAUUAUUGAUAUUUUAUCUUUGGAUAAGCGCCAUGUUUAGCGUGAGCAUCGUGCCUAUUAUCUUUGCCCUUGUCCUGUUUCCUUUUUCUGACUGCGGUCAAAACCUUCCCGAUCUACAAUGGCAGCAUUCAGUCCUUGAAACUGAAGAUGUGACAGUGGUGGAAGGAGAGGCCGCCAUCAUCAGCUGCCGAGUAAAGAACCACAACGACGAUGUUAUUCAACUGCUCAGUCCCAAAAGGCAAACCAUCUUCUUUGGGGAUUAUAAGACCCUGAAGGACAGCCGAUAUAGCCUGGUUUACUUUGCCGCCAAUGAAUUAAGAGUCUCCAUUUCUAACGUUUCUCUGGAUGAUGGGGGCCGAUAUACUUGCCAGCUCUACAGCGACCCUCCUCAGGAGGCCUCUGUAACUGUGACAGUAAUUGAAAAAAAUCCGACCCUUGAAACCAAAGACGUCACAGUGGUAGAAGGAGAAGUUGCCAUUAUCAGCUGCCGGGUACUAAACAAUGAUGGUUCUGUUAUCCAACUGCUCAGUCCCAACCGGCAAACCAUCUUCUUCCAAAAUUUCAAAGCCCUGAGGGACAACCGAUACCAGUUGGUAGAUUUCUCUGAUAACGAACUGAAAGUCUCCCUUUCUAAUGUUUCUGUCAAAGAUGGCGGACGAUAUACCUGUCAACUCUACAGCGACCCCCCUCAGGAGGCAUUCGCAACUGUUACAGUUGUGGCCUGAAAUGACUUUGAUCAUCGUUGGUCCUUCUGAGACAACCUGACCCAACUGGUAACGUUAUUAAAAUCAAUGAAUGUUUUUCAUGUUGGACUGUGCCAUAGGAAGAGUCACCUCCCAGACUUCCCUCGGUGGAGCUUCUCUCUCGUCUUCACACAAGACACGGUAAUCCCUCAGCCCUGACCAAUAAGAAGUGUAGAAGUUGACCACCUUAUGUUAUUUUCUGUCAUGGUGUGAUAAGUAACUCUACGAUAAUGAACAACAUGCACUUUGGCACAACACAUAAACUUGAACUAUGGAAUAGAGAUUGGGGCCUGCAUCGGCCAUCUAAGCCUAUUUGUCUCCCCACUUGUGCCCCUCGUGAAUAAGCACUACUGGAUCUACUUCAGUGGGAGGAGCUUUUUGGACUCUAGCCAUCUGUAAUAGCUCAUAUCAUUUUGUGAAAAAUAUUUAAGAGGUAAAGAUCAUAGUUUGGCGGUUCUGUUUUUGAACUGUGCUUCUUGAUCAGUUACAUUACUGAAGCUGACUGACCAGCCGCGAUGGACCUACAUUUUCCUAAAGGUUGGGUGCAUCUCCCCCACCCAAACUGCAUCAUUUCUACUGUAUAUGCCCCCUCUGUUCGCCAGCACCAUCACAUUUUUCUAAAACAAAUAGCCAUUUUCCCUCCAGCAGAGUGCAGAGCUAGAGCAGAGUUUCUAUGGAAACCACUGAUGCCAUUGGCUGCUAGACGUGAGGGCGUGUUUAGUAACCUGAGUUGAGAAGAACUGAGCAUGCUCAGUAGCCAAGAGCCAAUUCCUGAGGGAGGGGCCAAGUAGGUUAGGAGGAAAAGUCAUCGUAAUGUGAUUAAGGGGCUGCUACAGCCUUACUAUUAACCUUUGAACACCCAGAGUGGCAGGUAUUUCAAUAUUUCAGAACAUUUAUAAAUAAUGUAAGGAUUUGUAUUAAACAAUCUGACAUAUAGAAAGGGUGGAGCCUUGCUGAGUAAUUAAUUAUUAUAUCAUAUGAAUGUAUUUGUUCUGCAGUUAAUUGCAUGCAACUACUGAUCUAACAGUUACACGUUUUCGUGAUUAGUCUACUUGCUAAAAUGAAAUAUAAAUAAAAAGGAAAGUAAAAAAACCCUUAAA